AUGAUGCUACCAACUGUGGCUACUCUACUUACUGUCGCGAGCUUCGCGGCUGGCCAAGUCACUACAACGACCUUCACAAUCGAGAAUUGUUUCACGAGCUAUGACCGCGUGGGCUCCAAUCUCACGUCGAUCCCAACGUCGUCGACUGUGAGAACAACAUCGGGCCAAGGAUUCGCACGAGGAAUCAUUACUCCUGUGGUGACAGUCACUCCAGCUGUCAGCACCGAGACAUCGACAUCAGUGACAACCAGUACCGUCAGCGCCACCGCACCCAGUGUGGUAACAACGGGCAUCUUGACUGUCACCACGACAUUUACCGUGUCCUCCAUAAUCUCUUCUACGAGUACCUUUACCAGCACCGUUUCCGUGAACUCGACCACUACAAUCACAGCCACGACAACGAUCCCGACUCAAGACGGCUUCACCCCGGUUGCAGCCGACGUCAUCGCCCAAAGCCAGAUUCCCAGCAAGCACAAAAAGAAAAGAUGGGGCCAUCUCAACGCGCGCAACGUCUUGGACAGGAUCCUUCUUGAGAUUCCCCCCACGCAACCCGGUCCUCGCGGCGGUCGCCGCAGUCGCGACAGCCAUUGCAUCUUCAAGCAUCUGCAGGCGGAUCCGGCCCAAGAAACCGGCAUCAGCCUCUACCCGCCCUUCUAUCCCGUCUCCGUCGACUGCACACAGCUGGUGCGGGAAGACGUGGUCCGCGUGUACCCCAAGACCGGGAAGACCACGUCGACCAUCACGGCGCAGGCGUCGACAACCACCACGACCGUCACAUCCACGGCCACGACGACGACGACGAUCGGUUCGGCACGAUCGAGCGCCACCUCGACAGUCACUUCGUCGGUCACGACCGUCGUGUCGUCCACGACGACGUCAGUGGUAUGUAUCCUUUUAAUCACCGGACAGGAAACCGGACAUGGCCGCCAUUCGCUAACCACGACACUCGACACACAGUCCACGACCUUCUCCACCCUCACCAACACCUUCACCGUCAACGCACCCCUUGCAACCCAAUACGCCGCCUGCGCCGCCAACAACACCAUCAGUCGCGUCAACGGCAACCCCAUCGCGGCCGGCGCCCAAGAUCUACUGGUCGUCACCACCGCCGACAGUGCGCUGGACUGCUGCGAAGUGGUAAUUACGCCCCCCACGGCGAAGAAGGCAUUCCGCUGA